AUGUCCGCCUCCAAAAAUCCCGACUCCAUCACCGCCGCAACCGGCGAAUUCCACUCGCGCGUCCCCCCCGCGGAGCCCUUGCAGCAAGGAGGCCACAAGCCCGGCGUCCUCGCCUCUGACCGCGACGCUGUCCCGGAAUUCCACGCGCGCACCCUCCCCGCCGGCGACGCCCCCGCAGACGCAACCUACCAGCCCGACCCGGAGCUAAACAACCAGCGCCUGUACCAGGACGCCAGCUCGACGCUCACCGGCGCCGAUUCGGCGGACGUGCAUCAGGGGUUGGGGCAUCCCGGUAGCGGGAUGACGAGCCAGGAGGCGCACCAUGCGGGGACGAAGGGGGGGAGGAGUGGGUUGGCGGGGGUGGGGGCGAGUGUGGGGAAUAAGGGGGAGGUGGUUAGUGGGAGGGACCCGGAGUUUGCGGAGCAGAGGGCGUUGGAUGAGGAUGUGCCGAGUGGGCAGAGGGGGAAUGUGGGAGGGCCCGCGGCAGAGGAGAGGUUCCCGGAGGGCUCGGACACGGUGGCUGCUGAGGCGCCGAGGGGGAGGUAG